AUGAUUAUUGAAGUUUUCCAAUUUACUGCAAAGUAUAAUAUGAACUUGGGGAAUGAACAUAAUGACGGUGGCAAAGGGAAGGGUAGUGGAGAGGAGACUUUGUCAGACAUUGAUAUUAGUAAUUUUGAACAUAUUGAUGAUGGUUAUUUUAACCAAUUAGUUGAUAUUGGUGUUGGCCUUCGUGAUAUAUUAGAUGAAGUAGGUGAAAGUGUGCCUAAGGAUGACGGUGUGCCUAAAGCCUUUUCUCCUUCAUCUCUGCUUCCCUCUUCGCUGCCAGUUGGAUUGACUUUCUUGGGCCCUUCUCCCAGAUUUGCUCAUCGUUUGAAGCUGCCAGGGCUUUUGUUUUUAAUGGCAGGCCCAAUACGUCGGCCGCCGGUGCUGGGGCUGGGGCGUCAAUGGAUCAUUGACAUUGAAGGGACACUGGAAUUCGUAAAUGAAUUCAACGUAAAGACGCGCACCAUUUGGAGGGUUCCAGAGAAACUUAGAGCUACGGGCCUCAGUUACAGGCCUCAGCUUGUGGCCAUGGGACCCAUUCACAGGGAAACCGGAAGCGAACUGCAAAUCAUGGAAGAGACUGAAUUACGCUACGUGUACCGGCUUCUUUCGCGUCCUACUGAGAGUGAGCGUCAGCCAGACUGGAGGGCCGCCCUUAGAGAUUGCAGCGGGCGCCUGCAAAGCUUAGAGGGUAUAAUUCGAGCCAGCUAUGACGAUGGGGAGAAAAUCAAAGUGGGAGCAAAGGAGCUUGUCGGAAUAAUGCUACUUGAUGGCUGCUUCCUCUUGGAGCUUCUGCUCAGGCUUUACGAAAAUGUCAUCAAAGAUCCGCCGUUCCGUGACGAUGAGAUUGAUCCUCCUCUGGAUUUUACCGUCGAUGACAAGAAAAAGAUCUUGCGUGUUCUCACUGAUCUCACGCUGCUCGAGAACCAAAUCCCUUUCCUUGUUCUCCAUGUUUUGCACGAAAAAACUCGUAAAGGACUUCAUCCCCUAAAACUUGCCGAGUCACUCUUUGGAUGCAAGGUUGCCAGCGCUGACAUCUCCAAUAACGGUGUUGUUCAUCAUUUCCUUCAUCUCAUGCACUCGUGCUCCCCGGAUCCCUAUGACAAAAACAAGAAUGUGACAUCCGUGAAAGCUAAACAAGAACUGAAGCGCUGCGCCAAGGAGCUCCAAGCCAUGGGACUCGAAAUUGAUUCCAGCUCACCAACCAUUAGAAGCUCUCCUCCCGACAACAAAACAGGAAUGGUGGCUUCUGCACUGAGGGAUUUUGUGGAGAGGUUCGAUUUUUAUAUAGAUUUUAACCAAGAUGAUAAGAAGCUGAUAAUUCCGACGCUGUGCGUAAAAGAAGGAACGUUAGAGAAGUGGGGGAAUUUCAUUGCUUGGGAGCAGAUCAGAUUAACAGGAAUCGGCUACAAGUUCACCUCCUACGCGUAUUUUCUCAAAGGCCUAAUCUGUUCCGUUCAAGACAUCCAACUGCUUAAAUCAAAGAACGUCAUUGUAGUGGAUGAAGGUUUUGGGAUCAGCGACCGGAAAUUACUGGCCUUCUUCCAGAAUAUGACAGCCGGGGCUGAAAAUAUGGAUACCAGAUACAAUGCUAUAUGUAAGCAAUUGAACGCAUUGAAGCAGCAUGGUGCUCGUGUGACAGGACGGUGGACCAAGUGGCGUCAUUUCCAGAGUUUUCCGGAACUGCUAGGACUUGGGAUCAGAUACACCAUCAAAAUCCUAGGAUUUGAGAUCAGCAACGACAUCAAAAUCCUAUUUAACAAGUACAUUCCUGACACGUGGAUGUUCCUCAAAGUUGGGGCAGCUAUAGUGCUUCUUGUCCUCACUACUAUUCAGACCAUUUUCACAUGGAAAGCCUAUUAUGGCCCAGCUGGCCAUUGAGAGUUAAGAAAGGAUCAGGAAAGCAUGUGGGGUACGAAUUCAUGUCACUUUCUGAAAUUUCUAGACAUUUAUAGCCCUUAUCUGCAGUGUGGAGAGAAUGGAACCGACAGCAACAAGGGCCACGGCCCUCCUAAUUUUUUAAUUUCUUUUAUAAAAUAAAAGAGUUAUAUAUUUUAAUUUUUAUAAAUUAACACAUUAUAAAAAUUAUAAAAUAUUAAAUAAAAUUUUUAUUUCAAUUCUAUAUAUAAUUUUUUUAUUUAUGUAUAAAGAAAUUAUUUAAUAAUUUAAAAAUAUAAUUAUUAUAGAAUCUACUUAUUUUCAAUAAAAUAAUGUUAUAUAUGUUUUUAA